UCCAACCCUGAUCUUCAGAGGAGGAGUUGGUUGAUACUAAUGAGCUGAGUUCCCAGGCGAGGCAGGAACUUCAUUAGUAUCUUCAGAAAUUAUGCUGCCGCUUGCACCAUGAACUGGCUGUCUGGUUCCCAGAGAGUUGUUUUAACGGCUUACCACCCCAGCAGCACCAAUGCGGCGGCAGGGAAUCAGGCUAAAGAGGGCGAAGAGGCUUGUCCCGCGAGCCGCAGAUCUGGCCAAUAUACCAUGCACCAUGAAAAUUCUAAGAAAGCUACAGAGAGACCAGCCUUUGACCGCUCAAGUUCCCAAGAUUCCUUAGAUGAGUUGUCUAUGGAUGAUUAUUGGAAAGAACUUGAAAACAUCCAUGAAACCAGGAAAAACAGUCAUGAAGAGGAAGAAGUGGUUGUGGUGAAAGAACCAGAUGAGGGUGAAUUGGAAGAAGAGUGGCUAAAGGAGGCAGGCCUUUCAAACCUUUUUGGUGAGAGUGCAGAAGACCCUGUAGAAAGCAUGGUGUUUCUAUCCACAUUGACCCGAACUCAGAAAGCAGCAGUACAGAAACGAGUGGAGACUGUCACGCAAACCAUGAGGAAAAAAAAUAAACAGCACCAGGUUCCAGAUGUUAGAGAUAUCUUCAGGAUACAAAAUGACCCAAAGGAAAAAGUCUCUGAUGGGAAUGAACCCCCAUCUAUGAAAACAAGUAUAAAUAAAAAUGAAACACAAGAAGAAGGAAAAGAUCCAGAGUUCAGCCUUGGUAUCCAUGAAAAGAACUUGCUCGAGGAUAUGACAGUUUCUGAAACGGACAUCAAUUUAGAGAUUUCAUUUGCAGAGCAGGCAGCCAAUGUCAAAGAUGACUCCAUAGACAAAAUAUGUGGAGGCAAAGAAGAUGACACUCUGCUUCCUAAUUUCAGACUGCCAAAGGACAAAACAGGCACUACAAAGAUUGGCGACCUGGCCCCUCAGGACAUGAAGAAGGUUUAUUCUUUAGCACUGAUUGAACUAACUGCUCUUUAUGACAUACUCGGGACAGAAUUCAAACAACAAAAAGCUUUAAAAAUCAAAACCAAAGAUUCUGGUCUUUUUGGUGUCCCGCUGUCAGUUUUGCUGGAACAAGAUCAGAAAAAAGUACCAGGCACCAAGAUACCACUGAUCUUACAAAAACUGAUUUCCCAGAUAGAAGAGGCAAGAUUGGAUACAGAAGGACUUCUUCGAAUACCAGGAGUUGCAGCAAGAGUAAAGAGUCUUUGCCAAGAACUGGAAGCAAAAUUUUAUGAAGGGACUUUCAACUGGGAAAUGGUAAAGCAACAUGACGCUGCAAGUCUUUUAAAACUCUUCAUACGAGAGCUCCCUCAGCCACUGCUUACUGUGGAAUAUCUCAAAGCUUUCCAGGAUGUACAGUAUCUUCCCACCAGGAAGCAACAGCUGCAAGCUCUGAAUCUUUUGGUACUCCUCCUACCUGAGGCAAACCGAGACAUGCUGAAGGUACUACUUGAAUUCCUCCAAAGGAUAAUUGAUUAUCGAGACAAAAAUAAAAUGACACUAAACAACAUUGCAAUGGUGGUGGCCCCAAACCUUUUCACAUUUCAUGGGUUUGGCUCAAAGAGUAUUGAACAAAAUGAGUUUGUUAUGGCUGCUGGAACAGCAAAUGUCAUGCGCUUUAUGAUCAAAUACCAAAAACUUCUUUGGACAAUACCUAAAUUCAUUGUCAACCAAGUGAGAAAGCAAAAUGCAGAAAGCCAGAGAAAAGAGAGAAAGGACAAAGCUAUGAAGAAGCUACUGAAAAAGAUGGCUUAUGACCGGGAAAAGCAUGAAAAACAAGACAAGAACUCUAAUGAUGCUGAUGUUCCUCAGGGAGUGAUACGGGUGCAAGCGCCUCAUCUUUCAAAAGUUUCCAUGGCAAUACAGCUGACGGAAGAACUAAAAGCCAGUGAUAUAGUAGCCAGGUUUCUCAGCCAGAAAAGUGGAGUUGUCUCAUCUCUCCAGAAGGAGGAGGUUUUCCUGUAUGAAAUUGGAGGAAAUAUCGGAGAACGCUGCCUUGAUGAUGACACAUACAUGAAGGACCUUUACCAACUGAACCCAAAUGCUGAGUGGGUUAUAAAGCCUAAGAAUAUUUAAGCUCAUAAGGAACUACAGAAGACCAACCUGUGGACUGACUUCAUAAUACCGCGGGUGUUUCAAAAGGAAAGUGCUUCCUUUUAGCAUUAAAAUGCAUUGAACUGUUAAAGGGAUGUUGUUAAGCCUGUGCAAAAAAAAGACCUACAAUAGUUACCAAUAAAUGUAUUCAUUUACUCGGAGUCACUGCAAA